AAGUUCAGUUUAAUGGAUGUUUGAUACUACUAUCAAAUAAAAACAACCAUUAAAAACCCAAUCAAACGUUUAACGCCUCUUUUGUUUUACAGGUUUGUAAGUGACUCGGUUGGAUUAAUUUUAGGCAGUAGCUUUCAAAUCGUAGCUGUGAACGGAAUCCCUCGUAAGGACAAUUUUCCGUACAGAAUGAUUUUAACCUAACAAUUCCUCCAUAAAAUAUAAAACAAAUUUGUUUUCACUUUUUUUAAUCCUGGCUGCCUAACAUGCGUUUGGACACACCAAGUCUCUCUCAUCAAUUAUUGAUGAUUAGUAAUUAAUCAGAAAAUAAAAACACUAAAUUAAGUAUUAGGAGUAAUCAAUUAACCAAUCUGCAUAUUUUCUUUUAACAGUCUUGCAUCAAUAUGUCUUCAGCAUAUACUAUAUUCUUCUCCUUCUUUUUGCUAUAGACUUCCAAGCAAAUCUCUUCCCCAAACUAUGGAAACAAAGAUGGGUGCGAGUAUCCUUGCCUUUGUCGUAGAUGUAGCUCUGUCGAAGGUGAUUGCUGUUGCUUCUGAUCUGUUCAACUCUCUCGUAGAUGCAGUUGUGUCGAAGGUGACUACUUCUGCUUCUGAUCAGUUCAAUUUAGCACGGGGAUGGGACAAUGACCUGAUGGAGUUUCGUGAUAAAAUGAAGACGCUCCGAGGUUUCUUGCAAGAUGCUAAUGAAAAGAACGUCAGUGACGACCAUGCUUUGAAGUCGUGGCUCCAGCGUCUUCGAGAUAUUGCAGAUGAGGCUGAUGAUAUACUGGAGGAGGUCGCUUAUGAAGGUAUGCAGCGGGAAGUUCAGAAAUCAAAGGUCAGGCGCCUUACUUCUCUUGACCCCUCGCCCCGGCUAUUUCGUCAGAAAAUGGCUAAUAGAGUUGCGGAUUUGAAUAAAAGACUUGUUGAUAUCCAUCUCUCGGCUGAUCAGUUGGGACUGCGACCCAAACUUGCAAACAUGGUUCCUGAACCCAGAGGCAGGGCAAUUCCAGAGACUCACUCUUUUCUUUCAUCUCAAGUGUUUGGAAGAGACGAAGAUGUCUCUAAAAUAGUCAGGUCGUUGGUUGACUCAAGUAGUCAGCAUGACCUCCCUGUCAUGAUUAUAGUGGGUAUGGCAGGCCUUGGCAAAACCACUAUAGCAAAAGCAGUGCUUAAAAAUGAUAAAAUACGAGAACAUUUUGGUGAUAAUAAAAUGUGGGUUUGUGUAUCUGAAAAUUUUGAUGUCAAAAUGAUUUUAAUGGAGAUGUUGAAGUCUUGUGGUGGAAGUAGUAGUGGUGAUGGUGAUUUUGGAAGCAAAGAUAUAGUGAUGAAGAAAAUACAAGAGAAGUUGAGGGAGAAAAAUUAUCUUCUCAUACUAGAUGAUGUCUGGAAUGAGGAGAGACAGAAGUGGGAGGAUUUAAGGGAUUGCUUGUUGGGAAUAAGUGGAAGUAAGGGGAGUAGGGGUAAGGUGCUUGUGACAACCCGGCUUGAAGAUGUUGCAUCAGUAAUGGCACUUACUGAUGAACACAUCCAUCGUCCCCGGCUAUUAAAGGAAGAUGAGUGCUGGACUAUAAUCAAGCAGAGAGCAUUUGGAGACAAUUUAGUACCUGAGGGGUUAGAGGGAAUUGGGAAACAGAUUGCUAGAAGGUGUAAAGGCGUUCCACUAGUUGCAAGUAUUAUAGGGGCUAUUUUACAGAAUAAGAGGGACAAAGGGGAGUGGCAGGCCAUUACAGAGAAUUGUGUUUGGGAUUCACUGGAAAAGCAGGAGGGGAUCUUGGAUAUUGUAAAAUUCAACUAUGAUCGCUUGCCCACACUGGCUUUGAGGCAAUGUUUUGCAUUUUGUUCCAUUUUUCCAAAGGAUUUUGUCAUGGAAAGGAAGAUGCUAAUUCAACUUUGGAUGGCUCAAGGAUUUCUUGAAUCACCUGAAGAAAUUAGUAAUAUGGCAGCGGAAGAUAUUGGUGACAAGUAUUUCAGAUAUUUGUUAUCAUAUUCCCUAUUUCAAGAUGAAAGUAGGGAUGAUGUAACUGGGAGUGUUGAAUCUUGUAAGAUGCAUGAUUUGAUUCAUGAUUUUGCCCAGUUAAUUUCAAAAUCUGAGACGCUGAUUGUUGAGGAGCAGCCUAGGAGCAAUAUUUCUCAUGAUGUUAGGCAUUUGAAUCUAAUUGAUGGGAGGGAUAUGGUGCCAUCUAUUUUAGGGGAUGUUGCUGAAAAGUUGCAGACAUUGUUUUCCAAGCAUAGUUUUUCUAAUGGUGUGCAAGUGGAUCUUAUAAGGUUGCGAGUUCUCAGCCUUAGAGGUGUUUAUGAUGCAAAACAAUUGCCAACGUGCUUUGGCAACUUGAAGAGGUUGAGGUACUUGGACAUUUCAAGCACUCAGAUAGAAGAACUGCCCAAAUUCAUCUCCGAGUUGUUCAAUCUACAAACAUUUAGAUUCAUGGAUUGCAGAUCUCUUAAAAUGCCCGAAGGAGGAAUAGGAGAUUUAAUCAACUUGAAGCAUAUUGAUUUCAGUGAUGAAGAGCGUAUGCCUGCAAACCUUGGGAGACUAACCAACCUACAAACAUUGCCAUUAUUUUUUGUAGGUACAACAGAAGGACGUAAAAUUGAAGAAUUGGGAAGCUUAAGAGAACUCAAAGGAAGACUAAAGAUCUGUAAGCUUGAGCUUGUUGCAAGCAAAUCGGAAGCAGAGGGAGCAAAGUUAAAAGACAAGGCAGUUGAGCAUUUGAUAUUUUGUUGGUCGGAAGGCAAAGGCAAUCAAGAUAAAGAUGAAGAUGUCUUAGAAGGCCUCCAACCCCCCUCAAAUAUAAGAAGAUUAAGGAUUAACGGCUAUGGAGGUAGAAAGUUGGCAUCAUGGAUGUUGUCACUCAACAAUUUGGUGGAUCUGACAAUUAUCAAUUGCGAAAUGCUCCACGGAAUUCCAGAUAUCAGUGGGCUUCUAUCUCUUCAGCGGCUCCAUGUUCGCGAUUGUGAUGAAGUAACUAGUUGGGGUGAUGGUGAUGGAGCAUUUACGUCUCUCAAACAAUUAUCCAUAUCCGGAUGUGGUAAGUUAGAGAGAGUUUUGGUUAGUGGAUUAUCAUCUCUGGAGGAACUCAAGAUUGUGUAUGGCUGGGUGAUAAAUAGCAUAGGAGAUAGCCUAUCAAGCUCCACAUGUCUCAAACAUUUGCAUCUGGAAAGCUGUCCUAAAUUGCAGUCUAUUCCAAGUCUAGAAGGACUUGUCUCUCUCAAAACAAUAAUUAUUACCAUAUGUCAUGAAUUAGAGCGUCUACCGAGUGGGCUCUCAUCUUGCACUGCUCUGGAGAAAUUGAAGAUAUGGGGGUGCUCUAAUUUGAUUUCUAUUCCUGAAGAAUUGAAACAGUUGCAGUCUCUUGUUGAGUUGGUUUUUAGAGAUUGUCCAAAAUUGAAGUUUAUUCGUCUAGAAGGACUUGUCUCUCUCAAAACACUAGAUGUUAUCAAGUGUGAUGAAUUAGAGCAUCUACCGAGUGGGCUCUCAUCUUGCACUGCUCUGGAGAUAUUGGAGAUAAGGGAAUGCUCUAAUUUGGUUUCUAUUCCUGAAGAAUUGAAACAGUUGCAGUCUCUUGUUAAGUUGGAAUUUUGGGGUUGUCCAAAAUUGAAGUUUAUUCCAAGUCUAGAAGGACUUGUCUCUCUCAAAACAAUAACUAUUUCCGGUUGUAAUGAAUUAGAGCGUCUACCGAGUGGGCUCUCAUCUUGCACUGCUUUGGAGAAAUUGACGAUAAGGGGAUGCUCUAAUUUGGUUUCUAUUCCUGAAGAAUUGAAACAGUUGCAGUCUCUUGUUGAGUUGGGUUUUAGAGAUUGUCCAAAAUUGAAGUUUAUUCGUCUAGAAGGACUUGUCUCUCUCAAAACAGUAUUUAUUACCGGAUGUCAUGAAUUAGAGCAUCUACCGAGUGGGCUCCCAUCUUGCACUGCUCUGGAGAAAUUGCAGAUAUGGGGAUGCUCUAAUUUGGUUUCUAUUCCUGAAGAAUUGAAACAGUUGCAGUCUCUUGUUGAGUUGAAUAUUGAGAAAUGUCAAAACUUGAGGAGCUUCCCAGAGGAGAUCUUGGGCUCUCUUGCCAGCCUGAAGGAAUUAGGGCUUGGCCCUUUCUCAGAAGAGCUGAAGGAAUUCCCAGAUUUGAGUUCUACCUCCUCCCUUGAAGUCUUGCGUUUGAAAGGAUGGGGGGAAUCGCUAACUCUGCCACAUCAAAUUGAUCGCCUCACUGCUCUCAGGAACUUAACUAUCAAAAGCUUCAACGGAGUGGAAAAAGCUUUAUUGGGAAACCUUUCUUGUCUUAAAACACUUGAAAUUCAAAAUUGUUGUCGGUUAACGUGUUUAUCAGGUGGGCUGUCAUCUGUUGAGGAGCUGGGGAUAACAAAUUGCCCUAAUCUGGUCUCUUUCCAAGGAGAGUUGAAGGAAUUACCUUCUCUAACCAUUGUAGGUUGUCCGAAAUUUGUGGGCUUCUUUACUAGGUUGGAAAGAUUAACGAUCGGCCCUUUCUCAGAAGAGCUGGAAGAAUUCCCAAGUCUGAGUUCCAUCCCCGCCUCCCUUGAAGAUUUAACCCUGACGGGAUGGGAAAAACUAACUCACCUUCCACAAAUUCAACACCUCACUACUCUAAAGGAGUUGAGUAUAGUGAACUUCAGUGGAAUGGAAUCUUUGCCAGACUGGUUUAACAACUUGUCCUCCCUUCAACGACUUGAAAUUUGGAACUGCCCAAACAAGUUAAAGGAAAGAUGCACCAAGGGAAGCGGUCCUGACUGGCACAAGAUUUCUCACAUUCCAGACAUCGAAAUAAAUCAGGAGGACAUGCAAUACGAAGAUGGAUACGAAUCCGAAGACUGAGGCAAAGAGAUGUGAUUAAUUAUGAGUGAAUAAUCAAUGAGUUGAUGGAAUGAUGAUUUCUACAAUUCUGAAUUGAAAUCCUACAAGCUUCAACGUUGUGGUAAUUAAUUCAUCGCUCUUCACUUGAUCAAUUUAACUUAUCUUACACAUUUGAGGAGUGUGAGCACAAGCAGAAUUUGAUUCAACAUGGAAAUGAACUGCUGCAUUUCUUGCUUUUUGAAAUUACAUUUGAUAUUCCAAAGAUGGCAUGGCAGGAGGAGAGGAAGGAAAGCAGCAGUGUUUGCCAAGCCAAAGACAAU